CCAAAUCAGUCCCUUUACAUCCAAAAUCUCCCCGAAAAGCUCCAAAAGCACGACCUCAAGCGAAACCUCUACAUGCUGCUGUCAACCUACGGCCCUGUCCUCGAAAUCACCGCUGUGAAGACGCCAAAGAUGCGUGGCCAGGCACAUGUGCUUUUCCGAGAUGUUCAGAGUGCCACACAAGCUAUGCGACACUGUCAAGGUUUCGACUUCUUCGGGAAGGAAAUGCGCGUCUCCUACGCCAAGUCGCGGUCG